AUGGUUAAACAAAAGAAAUAUCAAAUUCUAGGCGGAGAAAAAGUUAGAGGCCUAGGCGGCCGACCUCGCAAAUACCCUACUAAUGCCGAAAAACAACGAGCCUAUAAAUUAAGACGCAAACAAAAGCAAUUAGGCUACGGGGCCGAAUUAAGAAAUUAUCGCCUAACUGAAACUAAAACCUCUACCAUUCAGAAAG